UCUCACCACAGUCAUUCAUUUUCGCAAGCCUAGUGCUGCUGCCACUCGUUUGAUACGAUCCACUACAGUCAUUUUCAUCAAGAGAGCCGAAGACGUUCCCAUAUUCAAAACAAUCAACAUAACACAAGCUUGAACAAACAUGAAGUCGAGCAUCUUCUACAUCAUCCCCCUUGUGGGCUUCACUCUCGCCCAGGAGGGCUGCACCAGGCGCACCAUCACUAAGACUGAGACUGAGAGGACAUACGUCACCGUCCGGCCCAGUCCUGUCCCAAGCGACAUCACGAUCACAUCUACCAUCGACAUCACGACUACGGUCACAGUACGCCCCUCAUCAUCAGUUGAGGCAUCAGCAACUGGCCUUCACUGGAGCAACUUCCCCAACGGAACCUGGGGCAACUACACUGGCCGCCCCAAGCCCACUCUUUCAUCCGUCAGCCUUGACUACACAGACUCUGCUGUCACUGAGACACCUGCUCCCACCUCAUACGUUCCUGGACAGGGCUACAGCGCAAUUAGCGAGGCUGCCAUUCCUACUUCUGAGGCGGUUACCGCUGUCGAGACCUCCGCUGCUUCUUCCACUUCCCAGAGUGUCCAGGCCCAAGCUACAUCAGCUGCCGGCUCCAAAACUGGCGAGGCUACCUUCUACGGCGGCAACGUCUCUGGAGGAACAUGUUCGUUCGAUGGAGGAUACACCAUCCCCUCUGGUCUUUUCGGCACCGCCCUCUCAGACUCCAACUGGAACGAUGCGGGCAACUGCGGUGCUUGCGUCGCCGUCACCGGACCGUCCGGCAACGUGGUCAAGGCCAUGAUUGUGGACCAGUGCCCAGGCUGCGGCACCAACCACCUCGACCUCUUCCCCGAUGCCUUUGCCAAGCUGGCUAAUCCCACCGAGGGCGUCAUCCCCAUCAGCUGGGAUAUUGUUCCCUGCGGUAUCACCUCGCCUUUUGUUCUGAAGAACAAGUCCGGCACCAGCAAGGACUGGUUCAGUAUGCAGGUCGUCAACUCCAAUGUCGCCGUCGCGUCGCUCGAGGUCUCCACCGAUGGCGGCAAGACGUGGCAGGCGACCACGCGCCAGACAUACAACUACUUCGAGAACAGCGCUGGCUUUGGCACGCAGACGGUCGAUGUCAAGGUCACCAGCACCAGCGGCCAGAGCAUCAUCGUCAAGGGUGUCAGCAUUGCGGAGAACACCACCAAGACCGCAUCGAGCAACUUCUCGUAGAGAAUCACGAGACGGUACAAGGGAGGAGAUUGCGCUAGGCGCAGGAUUUUUACGAUGGUUUCUUCUUGAUGAUGGGCCGAUGAA